GGGGCCAUGCUUUUUCCUCUAGUUUCAGUCAGACCAUUAAGUCUGAUCUUCUUACUAGAAUUUGAGUUCUGCACCCCACCUUUCUCCUUCUCCAUCCAGGAGGUCAUCUUUGGAUUUAUGAUAAAGUAAUAAUGAUUAACACUUACUGAGCAAUUACCACAGGUCAUCCAGGCCCUAAUCUUAACAUAGAACCUGUAGUAAUAUCAUUCAUUCUUAACAACAACCCUGUGAGUCGGGUAACAGGGCUCUUGUUUCCAUUUUUCACAUGAGGAAACUGAGGCGCACAGAGAUUAAAUCCCGUUCCCAAGUCCCACAGUAGGUGGUAAGGCAAACAGUCUUUUACAUUCUGAAUCCAAUGCACAUGCCCUUAACCACUCUGCUGUAAAAGAGCUUACUUAUAUUGAGAAUAAGAAGGUGAAUUAAGAAGCUAUUUCUUGAGUGGAGAAUUAGCAAGGAAAGAAAAAAUACAUGUAGAUGCUGAUGAAUGAUGAUACUUGGCAUUGGUUUUUAUUUUUAGUUGAAGACUCUUGAAGAUGAAAAGGAAGAAUGAUGUGCUGUUGUGGCAGGCAGCGGGUGGCAGUGCAGUAGUGGGCUGGUUUUCUGUGGGUACUGUACUUGGGAUUUAUUCAGGUAAUAAACACUUGAUGCUGUUCAGUAUUGGAGGUUUUGACUUCCUGGAUAGAAGCACUCAAUGCUAAGUGGAAAGAUUUCUGUAUGCUCUCAAUUUUACUUCUGAUCACUUUCGCUAACCAUCAGGAAAGACUGCAUUUAUUUCAAGGCGCAGUGGGGUGGGGAUGUAAACUCUUAAUAGCUAAUAAUGUAGCACAUUGCUCUAAUGUCACUACCAGUUAAAAGACAAAAGAGCAGUAUAUCAAACUCAGCCCAGGGUGAAAACAUGUGCAUCUAUUUUGUACUAAUGAUUGUGGUUUUUGCUGUUGUUUAUGUUUGGCUGAACUGUAAAGAUUAGGCUUUAUAAACUGAAUAUGUGAGUUUGUGAGUGUGUGAGGUUAGCCUCCAUUGCUCUGUAUAGGUCUGAGUAGGGCUCUGAAGCAUGUAAAUGGAUAUUUAGCAAAUGUUCCCAUUGAGAAUCUAUUUCUCCUUGUGUUACCUUUAAGAGACCUUAAUUACAUAUCGUCCUAAACAUCUACAGUGGAAGCAGAAAAGAAGUAGAAAUGGUGUAUAACUUUAAAAAUGAGUUUAUUGCUCUGUAGAAGGUGUUAAGAAUCAUUUACAAAUAUACCUAACAAUUUAUCAGUUUGAUCUUUAUUUACUUUUAAUGGUUAAUUUAAUAUUUCCUCCCUCUCUGAGAGAAUUGUUUUAAUCACACCAUUUAUUUCCCUGUGAUAUUUUUAAUGUUUCCAAAAUAGUCGAUAGGGCUAAAAUAGUUAUGAGAAUAUUGGUUUUUUUUCUAGGCUGCUGCUUUGGACAAUAGUAAAAGGUGAGGGCUCUUGAAAAGGAUAAAUAGUGAAUAAGGACUUGUUACACUUAUCCAUUGCUGAUUUACAAACUGCCCCAAAAUUCAGCAGCUUAAGACAAUGAUUUAUUAUUUCUCAUAAAUAUGUAGGUCAGCAGGGCUCAGCUGGUUGGCUCUUCUGCCCACAUGGUACAGGCUGCAGUCACAUGUACAGGCUGGGACCUCACCUGGGGCAGAAAUGUCUUCUACUUUAGUGUCUGGUACCUCAGCUGGGGUGACCAGAAUAGCUGGGACUGGCUAGGCUCCUGUCUCCAUAUGGGUCUUUCAUCAUUCAGUGGGCUAGCCCGAGCUUCCUUACAUGAUGGCUAGAUCCCAAAAGAGCAAAAGUAGAAGCUGCCAGCUCUUUUAAUGCUUAGGCUCAGGACGGGCACACGGUCACUUCCACAGCAUUCUGUUGGUCAAGGCAAAUUACAAAGCAAGCCCAGAUUCAGGGGGAGGAAAAAUAGACUCCACCUCUUGAUGGAAGAAAGUAUCCAUCUUUACAGACAAUCAGCCAGACAAAUCUUACUUAAAUUCAGGUCUUAGCUCUUAUACUCACUAAACCUUCAGAGGUUUGCUGAAACCAACAGUUACCAAGGAAGAAGUUUGUAAAAUGGUCCUUGUAGUUCCUAUUCAGGAUCAAAGGCAGGGAGAUUGUGGGAGUAAAUAUUAUAUACUAUAGUAAAACCUGCAAAAGCUGGAACCUGUGUAAGGUGGAAACCUGUCAGAGAAGAACUCAAAUAUUUGCUGCUAAAAGGAGCUAUAGAAAAGUGGUUAAGAAUGCACCCUGUCAAGGGUGGAAAACUUGUGAGACCCAGAAAAACAAGGCAGUUUCGUUGAGUUCCGGCUCUUACAGGUUUCACUGUAGUUAUUUAAUGAAUUCCACACCCUUGCCGCAAAUCUCCUUUGUUAAUAGCCCUCCAUAUGAAAGGUUCAUACUGAACGUUUUCCUUGUGAUACUUUAUACUCACAAGGCAUGUUAUAGUUCCACUCAUGUGGCAAAAACUUGGUUUGACCGUUGAAUUGGAAACAUCACAAAAAGGUUAUUACUAAAACUUACACUUUUAGUCGCUGUGAGCAAAGGUUGGGAUUUUUUUCUCUAGCCAUCAUGUACAGAAGCCGACUGAAUGAUGAGAGACCUUUGUGGAGAGAGGGGCCUAGCCAGUCCCAGCUAUUCUGGCCACCCCAGCUGAGGUGCUAGACACAAAAGUACAGCAAUAGAGGACAUGCCGUGCCCUAAGAAGUAAGCAAUGUGAAGUUACCUCUUCAUCAGACGGAGAUUCAAGGGGACAUUGCCAUUAAUACAGCUUGGAACCUCACUGGUGGCUUGUUGGAGCCUCUAGGAGGGUAGUAAGUGUGGGGCCAGGUGUUCUCAUGUUCCUCAGCAGCCACAUACAUUAAACCUCAUCACACCAUGAUUUAUAGGCCUUAGCACUGACGUGUUUUGCUUUAUGUGUUCCUCCAAAUAUCAGCCAGAUUCUUAGUUAUCAGACUUAUUUAGUUCUCACUUUUUUCUGUGGAAUCUGUAUCUCUUCUCCCAAAGCAAUUUUAUAGUUGUAAGUUUGUUGUUAUAAAACCUUUAUCAAACAUGUAGAAUGUUUGUGUGUGUAUAUAUAUAUAUAUAUAGAAUGAAACUAAUUGAGCCUCCAAAGCAAGUCUCAUUUAGCUUAUAGAGCUGAGAAUAAAACUAAGAUUCAGUAGGAAAAUUUUAUAAAGGUCUACCUUCUAGAGUUCCAAUCUGGGAGUUCAUGCCACAUUUUGGUGUGAAAACUAUUUUUAAAUGUACCAUUUGUGCUGCCUUUUUUUUUUAUAUUAAACAUAUUUUGAGUUAUUACCUUGUUUCUGCCUAUUUGUUCUUUGAGGUGGGCUCUGUCCCACAUAAUAGAAACAUUAAAAUAAAUGACCAUAAUAUAACUGGGCAGUGUUAUACUGUUUGAGGCAUUUAUGGGAGGAGGUAAGGGCAUGGAAAAAGUCAGACAGAUUCCUCUGGGAAUGCUAGUGAGCUUUUCAUGAAGAGUUUGGAAUGUACCCAGUAAUUUUGCUUUAGUUUCCUUAGAUCUGAAAUGGGAGAUCCUCUUAGAAACCUAGUUUGCAGAGUUUAUAGUAUGCUGCUCAUCUCAAAUAAGAGAGGAAGCUAAUAUAGCAUGGAAACCCGGGCUUGGGCACUCUUCCCUCUCUCAGGUAUAAAGGGGUGAAAGGGUCAUUCUAAAGAGAAAGAAGUAUACCAUCAUCAGAAGAUGGAAUUAUUCCAGAUCAUCCAUCUCAUACGUUUUUCUGGAAAAGGAGUCCAACAAGCUCAUAGACUUUUAGUAGAAAUUCCAUUGUGAUCUCUACAUUGUCAAUUCCUUCGAAUAGCUUUGAGUUUGCCCUAUGGGAUAAAGGAGCAGCAGCUUUCUAGCUAAAAGAAAACCACUUUAUGAACUGUCAAUAUUUAAUCAGAAAAAGAGACCCUGCGCUCUGAAACCAUCAACCAUCUGAGUAGUGAGGGUACUGGCAGAAGAAGUAGCUUGCUCCCCUCCCCCCAAAAAAGGAGAAUGGCUGGCACCCUCUGCCAACAUUAAGGUGCCAGUUGAUACUCAUUUGAUACUGAAUGCCAAAGGAGAUUAACAUUGGAAUCCUAAGAUAUUUGCAAAGCUUUGUUUGUAGUAGUUUGUUCAGUUUAGGUCAAUAAGGCAUCUACCCUUACUGUGCUAGUACUACAGAGAAUGCGAAGAUGGUUAAGAUAACUAAGGAGCCAAGAUUCUGACAUGGGAAUUAACAAUUAUGUACAAGAAGGUAUUAUACAAGGCAGAAUGUAGCUAAGGAUGGUCUAAAGUAGUUACUGUAGAGGGUGGGGAGAGACCAGAAACACAGCCUUGGAAAUGGGCCUUGAAAGAUUGGUUAGGCUUUAAACAGGAGGACAUGGAAGACGAGUAAGAGAAAGAGGGGCUUCUAGGUGUGAGGAAUGAAGGGCAAGGGGCAACUGCAUGUCAAGGGAUGGGGGCGGAGCAGACCCUGUUUAGUUGGUCCAGUUUGGCUGAAGCUGAGAAGAGAAACAAUGAGAAUGGUGCCUAGCAGAGUAAAUUGAAGCCAUUUAGGGGGGCCUUGAAUAGCUUACUGAGGAAUGUGUAGAUACGACAGGUGGUUAGUGAUUAGAAAAGUGAUUUUGGCUGCGUUAUCUAGGCUGGACUGGAGAACCUGGAGGCCCAGAAAUCAGUUCUUUCAAUGGUCCACUAGGAGGUGAUAAGCACUGGAUUGGGUCAGUGGCAGUGGGAAUGAAGGGACUUGUAGAGAACAUUGCCACAUCAUGAUUUUCCUCCUUCUACCAGGAUGUGGUGACUAAUCACAAUGAAAACUUGUUCAGCCUGUUUUUUCUAACCUGCCCUUGCUGCUUAUCUACAGAGGUAAAUAGUGAAAUAAUAUAACAAUUGAACUCUUCAAUUAGCUUAAUAUAAAUUCUUAUCCUAGUUGAGUGGAUGAAUGGUUUGCAACUCUGGAUCAAUGAAUGUGUUCUUCUGAGGCAUUUUCAAAAAGUAAUGAGAUUUCAAAACUUAAAAGCACACUAACUCAGAUUGCCGAGUUAGAUGGUUUGUUUUACCUGAAUGUUCGGGAUGCUAGAACUUCUGAUUGCAUAGGUGGUAAAAAACUUAACAGCCUUAACCUUUAUACUAAAUGUCUGGGUGAGAUAUGUUUAUACAGCAUGAGGGAGGACUUUCUUUAUUGUAACUGAAAUUAGCAACACUAAUAGAAGUUUCUGGGAUAACCAGACUUUAGCCCUGAAGGAUGUUUUGGAGAAAGUGCAAGUCUGCUCAGCUGAGCCCUUUGUGCCAGAAUUGUACUGCAUUUGCAGGCAGUUGCAUCUGGAGGUGCUGAGGAAGCGAUUGCUGACCCAGCUAGAUUUCCAUGUUGCUUUUAUCACUGCAGCCUGACAUGUGUACUGUUGAGCAAAUAAUUGGAGAAGUUGUGUGGAUUAGGUGGUGUUGGAACUAGCAAAAAUCUGAAAUCUGCUCUUCCCGCACUGCCGUUAUCAGUAAUCACAGGGACUAUUUUACUGAGUUUCACACCAAACUGGAUACUGUCACAAUUAUAUUUUGGACACACUCGAUUUGCCUUUGUUUCAGCUAAUAGUGUUAUAUACUGCCUGAGAUGAUGACAAAACAAAGCAGGUGGCUGGGAAUAAUUAGGAUUUGAAUAUACCUCUCACUUUCAGCUUCCUUCAUGAAAAUGAACAGGAACAGAGUGGUUAAUCACUGGUAAUAACUGCACGUUCCCCGGCUCCCUGCAAGGUGUUGCCCUUAGAACACACUGUUGCUCCAGGAUGCUGUUCUGAAUGCGUUUCCAGCUGCUAUUAGGAGUUGUGGGAGGCACUUCAGUGAAGAAAUGGACCAGUGUGUAUAAUCAUGGAAUCUCCUUGCUAACCAUCACCCCCAGCUCUCCUUGAUAAGUGAGAGAGAUUGGGUCAGGGGAGAAGGAAAAGAGGUCAACAUGAAGCUAAAGCAGCGAGUUGUGCUGUUAGCAAUUCUCCUAGUCAUCUUUAUCUUCACCAAAGUUUUCCUGAUUGACAACUUAGAUACAUCAGCUGCCAACCGGGAGGACCAGAGGGCUUUUCGCCGAAUGAUGGCUGGCUUACAGGUGGAGCUGGAGCCCAAGCUAGACCACACCUUGCAGUCUCCCUGGGAGAUUGCAGCCCAGUGGGUGGUUCCCCGGGAAGUGUACCCUGAAGAAACACCAGAACUGGGGGCCAUCAUGCACGCCAUGGCCACCAAGAAAAUCAUUAAAGCUGAUGUGGGUUAUAAAGGGACACAACUGAAAGCCUUACUGAUACUUGAAGGAGGACAGAAAGUUGUCUUCAAACCUAAGCGGUAUAGCCGAGACUAUGUGGUAGAAGGGGAACCUUACGCCGGUUAUGAUAGACACAAUGCAGAAGUAGCAGCCUUUCAUUUGGACAGGAUUCUGGGUUUCCGCCGAGCCCCCUUGGUGGUUGGCAGAUUUGUUAAUCUGCGGACAGAAAUCAAGCCUGUUGCCACGGAGCAGCUGUUGAGCACCUUCCUAACCGUAGGAAACAAUACUUGUUUCUAUGGGAAGUGUUAUUACUGCCGAGAAACAGAGCCAGCCUGUGCCGAUGGAGACACAAUGGAGGGAUCUGUCACGCUUUGGCUCCCAGAUGUGUGGCCUCUGCAGAAACACAGACACCCAUGGGGCAGGACUUACCGAGAGGGCAAAUUGGCCAGGUGGGAAUAUGAUGAGAGCUACUGCGAUGCUGUGAAGAAAACAUCCCCCUAUGACUCAGGCCCGCGCCUCCUGGACAUCAUUGACACAGCUGUCUUUGAUUACCUGAUUGGCAAUGCUGACCGCCAUCACUAUGAGAGCUUUCAAGAUGACGAAGGCGCCAGUAUGCUCAUCCUUCUUGAUAAUGCCAAAAGCUUUGGGAACCCCUCGCUGGAUGAGAGAAGCAUUCUUGCCCCUCUCUAUCAGUGUUGCAUCAUUCGGGUUUCUACCUGGAACAGACUGAACUACCUGAAGAAUGGUGUGCUGAAGUCUGCCUUAAAAUCGGCCAUGGCCCAUGACCCUAUUGCCCCAGUGCUCUCUGACCCUCACCUGGACGCCGUGGACCAGCGGCUCUUGAGUGUUCUGGCCACCGUGAAGCAGUGCACCGACCAGUUUGGGGCAGACGCUGUGCUGGUGGAAGACAGGAUGCCUCUCUCCCACUUGUAAUUCUCAACACAAAAUAUGUGAAACUUGGUUUUUCAAAGAUAGAGAAACAGCACAAUCGAUUCCAAAUGCUAUGCCAUGGACUGAAAUGGCCAGCACCAAGUUCUGGUGAUAGAGGGCAGGGUGGCCUUGGAUGUCUUUGGUGUUUUCUGUGGCAGAAACUAAAGCAAAAUCUACAAGUGUCAGACCACGGAGAUGCUCCUGCUGAAUCACCUUCUGACUUCCUUGGCGUUAUGCACCCAUCCUAGCAAUGGGUGUCGUGGUUGAUCACUUUUAAUUUCCUAUGCCAAAGGACUAAUAGAGGUGUGACAUUUGGAUAGUUUGCUGGGAUUGGCUCUGGAGUGUGUGUUUUGAGUUGCACCUUACAGUCCUUUCUCCACACCUGUGGAUUUCCUGAAAACACUGCAAUCUCUUGUGUCCUGUUUUACCAGGACUAGUCAGAUUGAAAAGCUUACUGCCUCCUAAGGAGUGGCAGCAAAUAAAACCUUGUACUCUAUUGAGCCAGAAUAGCACUUUCUGUUGGAGGGGAUAUAUUUUAAGGGGAUAGAAUUGGAAAAAAGGGCAAAAGCAGGGAAGAUGUUCUAACCAGAUGCAUAGUAGUCCUUUGGUAAUUCUUAGGGGAGGGAAGAAGAAAGACUGACUUGGUAGAACCAGAAUCGAGGAGAUGAUUGAAUCGUAUACUGAGAUCAUUAGUGAAAACUGGUUCCCUUGUAUUUAAGCUCUUCAGGUAUGAAAAAAGCAAAAAUGACUCUUUACCUAAGUAAAAUCUGCAGUCUCAUGGUUGUGUCCAAAUUAACCAAAAAUUUGUCUCUAGAGAAAAUAUUAUUACAUUUCAAGCAUGCGUCUCUUAUGGAGACUAUUUUUCCCCCCUUUUGCCCAAAGCAGGCAAAUUCUUUCUAAAUUAACGAAGCAAACUGAAACAGUAACCUUGAAUGAGAGUCAGGUUGUCUGUGAUCUCUGCUAUCCUCAAUUCUCUUUUGAGAUGAAUUUCCACCUCUACCUUUAAGGCAUUUGGUCCUCGAAGCUGCUGUUCCCAAGAGAUUGGCAACUUUGUUUGUGCCUUCCUUGUGAGAAAAGCCAGCUCACUUCUACAGAUGACAGCGCACACCCUGCUGGUGUCUGGACUUAGCUCGUGAUUUCGGCCAUGCGAAACAAAGAUUUUAAGCCUUCUGAGCCUUGAAAUUAAGGAGAUUACCAUGAGGAGCCUUAAGAUUUUGAUUUCUGUCAAACCCUAAUUUCAUCCCUUAGUCUUAUUUGGGUCCUGAACCCAUGAUGUAGUGUUACCCUCCCAUCUCCGCCGAGCACUCUCAAACUCUAGGUUCCUAAAACACAGGCUUAUUUUUGUGUUCUGGCAAAGCAAUUUUGACAGGUAAGCAGUUGCAGUAAAAUCCAGGGCCAAGGAGGUCAGGCCCGAUGUGCCCACUCACCUGUGUGCCCAGAGCUGCGUGUGUCUCUCCAGCAUCUGGUCUGGGCAUUGUUCUGGUUUUGUACUUCUGUCAAUAUUUAAACAGUGUGGUUAAACAAAUUUAAUAUCAGUCAUUGGAGACCAGUUUUAGGCACCCACACUUUUAAAGAUAGCUUUAGAAUUUAUGCCCCAGUUAUCUCGCAUUGAAAGGUAACUGAGUAACCUAUAACUAAAAUAGCAUGAAAUUAGGGUACUUUUGUACUGUGUGUAUACGUCUUGAGAUGGGAACAGAAUGGACUGAGUUAUAAGAGUGUUGAAUCUAAAAAGACAGAUACCAGCACAAAACACUGAAAUAGUGUUAACAAAAGGGGGCAUUGAUUCUAAUCUUAGGGCCGUUUACUGUGUGUGUCCAGGGAAAUUCACAAUUCAGCUUGAGAACAACUUGGAUAGUGCUGCCCCUAAAGCUUCUGGGAGACAGCUGGAGGGAGGCAGUGGGAAGGAUGUGAGCUGUGUUCUCCUGAUAAACGUUAGCUGAACUAAAUUGGGUAUUAGUGUUCUUUCAAACACGUGAUGCCCUUAGUAUGCUGCACUGGGAUGAGCAAAAACCAUUCCCAAACUGGGAACUUUAUUCAUAAUGAUGAAGGCAGAAAAUUCUGCUAAGGGAAAAAGCAGUGGGAAAGCUACUUUCAAAUGUCUGAUCCUUCAAAACAUUGCAAAAAAUGUAUCAUUUCAUUCUGUUUCCCUACUGAUUUCAAACUCAUGGUUUCAAAAGGUGUUCAGAACCACAACAGUUAAAGUUAGAAUUAUAGAGUGUACGACAUGACAUCUGAGAAAUAAAUUUACAUUCGAAGUCAGGAUUGCAUUAAGCUGGAAAAGUAUGCUUAGGCGAACCUUGGAAGAAACCAAGCUUACCACCCUAAAUUUCACGAACACUGAAUUCUAUCUGGAAAAAAAAAAAAAGAGGUAGAUGUCUUUUUAAAAAGAUUUAUAACACUGUCUUCUAUGGUUUAUUUCUUUAUUAGAAUCCAGUGCUAUUACAGUCAAAACAAGCUCUUGGAGGGGUUCUUGGUGUUUGAUCAGCCCUGAGUUGGGUGUGCCUAGCUAAUAUCUAAAGGUAGAUGUGGAUCCAUUUUAAUAUUAUAAAUCAGAACUGACUGCCGCUUCAUGCCUUCCUCCCACUGCUUAAAAAUAUUUAUUCAGAAGUUUGAGUGGGGAAAUGUGGAUAAAGAGGUUUCAUUCUAAAACUGUUCUUCAUCUGAGUCUAUAGCAUAGCCUUGGGGAGGGGCAUAAAUAACUUCCUUUGCAAAACAAAAAAUAGAUGGAUCUGAUGUUGCCUGGAGCCCUGUUUGGUAAUGUGUAAAUGAGGCAUUUCUCCCUGUUUGCACUUAGGUUUACUAUGUCAGAUGGAAUGUAAGAAAGAAGUGGAAGAAUUCAGGUCCAUCCAUUGCAUAUUAUUUUGGGAAAGAUGAAUCAUUUACAUGGCAAUUCUUCAGUGUCACAUGAAGGCAACAUGUUCUUCCCGUGAAAUCCAUCUUUCUUUUAAAAAAAAGUCUCUGGCCUCCCUUCCCCAUCCACCAUACUCCUUAGUCUCCCUUCUCUGCCAUCCAAUAUUCUUGUUUGACCAGUAACCACACUUGACUGCGAGUAAAACAACAUCUGUCAGUGGCUGUCUUGUUUGAGUCAUCCUGUGAUCUUGAGCUUCAGGAAACAUGAGUAACUGUGCGUGUGUGUAUGUAUAUAGUUGUAUAUGUAUUCUAGCAAGAAAGGGUAUUUAUUUUGACACAGGGAAACACUGGCUUAUGCUGCUGAAGGACUUGAAGUUAGGCAAAUACAGGGUUGUGUGAGAGCGGGCAGCAAGUGACACAGACCAUUCAUUCAGCCAGCACGUAGUGAACAGCUCUGGGUGUGCCGCACAGACUGACUGCCGAGAGACUUACUCUGCAGGAGAAGGCCUGUUUUUCUCCCUCGAUUUCUGAAGUCUGGGUGGUGAAAAGGUAGGGACUGGGUACUGUACUACCACAGGUUUUUAAGGAACCAAGGUAUUACUCACAAACACAAAAUGUGGGGGGAACUGGGGGAACUUACUCGGAAGCUAAUUUAUUUGUUUAAAAGGGAGGUGUAGGAACCACUACUCUCUGUACUGCUCUGCCAAGGGUUUCCUCUCGGAGCUGUUGCACAAAUAGAGGUUGCGCUUGGUAAGACACCAAGACAGAUGCAAACCCAGCUUUCUAAUGUGUUCCAUGGGUUUCAGUUCUGAAAAUAAAGAUUUUAAUAAACA